GCCUGGGCGGAGAGUGUGCGCCUGCGCGCCGGGCUCUUGGAGGGACGUGGCCCGGUUGCCUGGGGCCGGAGGGGCGCGGCGAGCUCAGGGGCAAGGCAGCGGGACAGGCCGGGUGAGGAGCUCCGAGGCGGCGGCGGCUGCGGGCCGGGCUGCACGGGAAGCCGAUGUUCGCACUCCGGCCCCGCGGCCAACGCUUCCAAGGUGGCGACAGACAAGGUUGCAGGAAAGCUGAGUUCUACUCUCUCAUGGGUGAAGAACACUGUAUCGCAUACUGUCAGUCAAAUGGCCAGUCAGGUGGCAAGUCCAUCUGCCUCAUUACACACUACAUCCUCUUCUACCACUCUUUCUACUCCAGCACUAUCACCAUCCUCACCAACGCGGUUGAGUCCAGAUGAUUUAGAAUUAUUAGCUAAACUAGAGGAACAGAACAGACUGUUGGAGACAGACAGCAAAUCCUUGCGUUCAGUAAAUGGGUCAAGAAGAAACAGUGGCUCCUCCCUUGUAUCCAGUUCAUCAGCUUCUAGCAACCUCAGCCAUCUCGAAGAAGACUCCUGGAUUCUUUGGGGAAGAAUUGUAAAUGAAUGGGAAGAUGUACACAAAAAGAAAGAAAAGCAAAUUAAGGAGCUUGUUCGAAAAGGGAUACCCCAUCAUUUUAGAGCAAUAGUUUGGCAGCUUUUAUGCACUGCUCAAAGCAUGCCAAUAAAGGAUCAGUAUUCAGAGCUUUUGAAAAUGACUUCUCCUUGUGAAAAACUGAUAAGAAGGGACAUUGCUAGAACAUAUCCUGAACAUGAUUUUUUUAAAGAAAAAGACAGUCUUGGGCAGGAGGUUUUAUUUAAUGUUAUGAAGGCUUAUUCUUUAGUGGAUCGUGAGGUUGGAUACUGUCAAGGAAGUGCUUUUAUAGUUGGGCUGCUGCUUAUGCAGAUGCCAGAAGAGGAAGCAUUUUGUGUGUUUGUCAAAUUAAUGCAAGAUUAUAGACUUCGAGAACUCUUUAAACCAAGUAUGGCUGAGCUGGGCCUUUGUAUGUACCAGUUUGAAUACAUGAUACAGGAGCAACUACCAGAACUUUAUGUGCACUUUCAGUCUCAGAGUUUCCAUACUUCUAUGUAUGCUUCAUCAUGGUUUUUAACUAUCUUUCUUACAACUUUUCCACUACCAAUUGCAACAAGAAUAUUUGAUAUCUUUAUGUCUGAGGGUUUAGAAAUAGUAUUUCGAGUAGGUUUAGCAGUUCUUCAGAUGAACCAGGCUGAAUUAAUGCAACUUGACAUGGAAGGGAUGUUACAGCACUUUCAAAAGGUCAUUCCACAUCAGUUUGACAGUGGUCCAGACAAACUAAUCCAAGCAUCUUACCAAGUCAAAUACAAUGCGAAAAAGAUGAAAAAGUUAGAAAAGGAAUACACUACAAUAAAAACUAAAGAAAUGGAAGAACAAGUUGAAAUUAAAAGACUACGAACAGAAAACAGACUCUUAAAACAGCGCAUUGAAACACUAGAAAAAGAAAGUGCUUCCUUGGCAGAUAGAUUGAUACAGGGACAAGUGACAAGGGCCCAGGAGGCUGAGGAAAACUACCUCAUAAAACGGGAGCUAGCCACCAUCAAACAGCAGAGUGAUGAGGCCAUUACUAAACUGGAGCAAGCUGAGAAUACCGUCAGGGAGCUCCAGCAGCAACAAUGGCAUAAGUGCAGUUCCCGCUACAGUGAAGACUUUGUGCUACAGCUGGAAAAAGAGUUGGUCCAAGCCAGACUAAGUGAAGCGGAAUCCCAUUGUGCUCUGAAGGAGAUGCAAGAUAAGGUUCUAGAGAUGGAAAAGAGGAACAGUUCUUUACCUGAUGAGAAUAAUGUUGCCAGACUCCAAGAAGAACUGAUUGCAGUGAAGUUGAGAGAAGCAGAAGCUUUGAUGGGCCUAAAAGAACUUAGACAGCAAGUCAAGGAUUUGGAGGAACACUGGCAGCGUCAUCUAGCUCGCACUGCUGGAAGAUGGAAAGAUCCAUCCAGAAAGAACACUGUGAAUGAACUGCAAGAUGAAUUGAUGACAAUCCGAUUGAGAGAAGCAGAAAGUCAGGCAGAUCUAAAAGAGAUGAAACAAAGAAUGAUGGAGAUGGAAACACAGAACCACAUCAACAGUAACCAUUUACGGAGGGCGGAGCAAGAGGUCAGCAAUCUACAAGGAAAGGUGCAAUAUCUUUCUGCGCAGAACAAAGGACUUCUUGCUCAGCUGAGUGAAGCAAAACGUAAACAAGCUGAGACUGAGUGCAAGAACAAGGAAGAAGUGAUGGCAGUAAGACUCCGUGAAGCAGACAGCAUAGCAGCUGUGGCAGAACUCCAGCAGCAUAUUGCUGAACUGGAAAUCCAGAAAGAAGAAAGAAAAAUUCAAGGGCAGCUUAAUAACUCUGACUCUAACCAGUAUAUUAGAGAACUGAAAGAUCAGAUAGCAGAGCUGAAUGAUGAGGCACUGGAAGAAAUGGGUGUGGAGGACCGAUGCCUUCUCAUUCAACUAUUCCGAAUGUCAGGAUUCCAACGUAAACUGAAGACAGGAAUCACCCUUGUUGAUCUGUCCUCUGCAUAUGACACUGUCUGGAGACAGGUCCGCCUCCUCAAGGUCUCCCGCGUCAUUCACUGCCAGCGAACGAUCUGCCUGUUGGCAGCAAUGACUGGGAACUGCCGCUUUAAGAUCAGAUGCCUAAAAGGCCAGAAAGGCUUCUCAGACCAACCCACUUUUGAUGGGAUUCACAUUGUCAACCAUUUGAUAGGAGAUGAGUCAUUUCAUUCUUCUGAUGAAGAUUUUAUAAGUAACUCCAUACAGGAGGGUGGGGUCCAUUUUCAUUUACACAGAAGGACUGGACAGAUGACUUUGGACCCACCUGUGAUAGAUAGCAGUGACAGUGAUACUGAAGACGGUGUCCUAGAUACUGGAGAUACGGACAAGAUUAUUCCAAAGCGAAAGAACCAGCAAAGACUGGAAUCCUACUCUACUACUGUGUGAUCAUCACUGUGACUAGCAUCUAAGACUUCAGCAUUCUUUUAAGGGUUAGGUUGUCAAAUGACUAAAAAUGCCCAGCUCUUGGAUUAGAUAGCUAUUGUGGCUUGUCUGACAUAUUUUAUAUAUAAUAUAUGUAUAUAUGUAUACACACUUUACUGUUUGCCUUCUACCUUUGCCAAAUUGUCAUUACUGACAUACUAGAGAGUAGGUUGGGAAGAAGUUGAUGGAUGACACUUCUAACAGUAUUACUGAAUGUUCCUUGUUUUAGAAAAUGCAAAUACAUAAUUUCUUUAAAUGCAUAACAAUUUUGCAGUUCAUAAACUUGGGAAAUCUUUUCUUCAAAGAAACUGCUCUUGUGCAAUAUUUUAUACUCUGUGAACAAAUGUGUUCUUUUUACAUUGUUAUCCAUUUGUGAUCAAGAUGGACGUUAGCAGACUAGCUGAUCAUGGUGUCUGAUUAUUUUUUGUUGUUUGACUGUUUGGUUUUAAUUAAAAAUAACUAUUAUUGGAGACCCAUAAAAGGCUCCAAACACAAGCCUUUAUUUCUUCUGUUUUUAAAUACAAAUUAAUGGUCACAAAUGUCCAAAAGGUUUUUAAAAUCAUUCUGACUUUUAAUUUUUGUGCAUCUGCUUUUGAUUUGUUGCUAAUAAAAAAAAAAAAACCUGGUCGAAGUAUGUUAACUACAAUAAUGUUUAUUUUGUACAUGUUUAUAUCUCUCUGCAGCAAGCUGAAUAUGUAUAUUACACAUUUAAUAUGAGGAAUGUAAAUGUUGCAAAAUGACUAUUCUUGGCAUUCUAACAGGAAGAUGAAUUCUGUAUAAGCAUAUUGAUAGUGAGUUACAAAAUUGAGGCAAAACACUCAUCUUACAUUUAAUCUCUGUUUAGCUACUGACACUAGCAGGUUCAUGUCUAACUAAAAUGCUUUUUCACAAACACUAAUGACUGAACUUUUAACUUCAUAUAUAUAUAUAAAACUAUAAUAAAUUUUUCAUGAUUUAA